CUUCACGACAAUAUAUUGUACCGUGUAUGAUUUCAGUUUUCAAUUCUGUUUCAAUGUGAGACACACAUAUACAUAAAAUUGUGAUGCAUCCAUAUUCAUAGAACAAAUGUUAGAUUGAAUACGGCUAGAGAAACAUAGGAAAGUCAACAAUAAAACUUUUAACUUGGCUAUGGCUAUUGAACGGAAUAAUUUCGGCGGGAGUGCUCAAACAUCCGACCCAGAGGAAAAUUUAAGUCGUCUUAAACAUAUUUUGGAGCGUCUGACCGAUUUGCAAAGCGACACAUCAUUCGAUGACAAGCAAAUUCAAGACGAAUGCAAUCGUGUUGUACGUGAACUAGUUAUCAUUAAUGUACCAACAUUAGCAAACAAUAUCAAAGAAUUCCAAAGCCAUUUGAUUUCAGUUGGUCAAUCACUCGAACGUAUCAUCCGACAAUCGUCAAAUCCCGAACAAAUAUUCAUCGGUUGUCUACAAACACUUUAUUGUCUUCUUGUUACGAAUGAUUCACCGUCAGCGGGAAGUGGCAUUAUAUUUGACAUCUACGACCAAGAUUCAAUACCCAAGGCAAUUAAGUUGUUAAUCAAAAAUACGGCAAACAUGGGAGUUGACAAUGAUAACGAUUUUAAGAAAGUUACACAAACAUUGUGCACAUGGCUUCGGACCUUCAGUGGACUCAAAAAUUUAAGCCAUUGCAUCAUCUAUUUUCUUGAUGGAUUGCGAGACAUUCAGAAAUACGCACUUCUUAUGGAAAUCGCCGACUCAGUAAUUGAAAGACUGUGCUUAUCGCUUAUUAUUCCCGUAGUUAGGCCAAACAGUGUAAAAGUACUCUCCCACAUCCUCUGUUCGGCACAAUCGAAAGCGCUAUUCAUGAAAAUUGUGCCGCGAAUUCCGAAAGUGAUUCAAAACAUUCAAAGUACUUUGGGUUCGCCGAAUGAGCUAUUUAUCCCACCGGAUGUGCAACUAUUCAUCGAUUUAGUGUCGGCUCUUGUUAAUCGAUACGGCAUGUAUGCAUUGGAAUUUACUGAAAUCAUUAGCGUUUUGAACGAAAGUAAGAUAAAAGCGUCUGAGAAUGCAGCAACAUUGCUGGAUGGAAAAACAUGGCUACCACCGAUUAGUACAAGAGAUCCAACAAUGCCCAUCGGUUUGAUCAAUCUCGGCAAUACUUGCUAUAUGAAUAGUGUACUUCAGGCGCUGUUUAUGACCAAAGAGCUUACUCAUGACAUUCUACUAAUGAAACUACCAUCAAAAAUCAUCAAUUUUAUCCAACAAUUGAUAGCAUUGUUAUUAUUUUCAAUGCGACAAGAGCUUGCCCCACACGAUGUAUUGAGUCAGCGUCCGAACAGUUUUCGUUAUGGUCAUCAACAAGACAGUUUUGAAUAUUUGGGAUUUUUACUUGAUCAAUUGCACGAAGAGGAGAAACGAUGUUUAACAGCGGCCGCAAAAAAUAAUGACAACGCAAAUGGUAAAUUCGUGAUGAACGGCAAUGCAAAAAUGGAAAAUGGCAAUGGAAAUGUUGCAGCCGAACGAAUGGAUGUUGACGAUGUUAAUAUGCUGAGUCAUACCAGUGCAAUUGAUUCACCGCCACUUACAGAUGAAUCGGACGAUGCAAUUAAUCCCGAUGAAACGAAAGAAGUCACCAAUACGGUUCAAACGAUGGUGCAAAAAUUGUUUGGCGGUCGCUUGUCUGUCAAUUACAAAUGCCUUAAUUGUUCCACGCAAAGCACAAAUAUCGAUAAUUUCUUCGAUUUACAGUUAUCAUUUCCACAACAACAGCAACCGACUGGUAGCUGCAGUGAUUCGCUAACAACAAGCCCAUUAAUUGAUAAAACCAGUUACACAACACAAUCACUAUUGGAUUCAUAUUUUGCAACCGAACAAAUGAUUAACGAUGAUAAAUACUUUUGUGAUAAAUGUAAGGCUUUGUGCGAUGGUGAAAGAAAUAUCACACUUGAAGAGGGCCCAUCGAAUCUUAUAUUGGUGAUAAAACAUUUCAAAUACGAUCGCAACUAUCAUGUACGCCGAAAAUUAUUGCACAAAGUACAUCAUGAUCAGGUGAUUUCGUUGAUGGUUCGAUCAGAUGAUGGAUGCUAUCGUUUAAAGUACAAAUUAUAUGCGGUCAUUGUGCAUUGUGGCAUGAACAUCGAUUCGGGACAUUAUUAUACAUUUGCUGUGAAUUCAUCAGAGGAAUGGUUUAAAUUUAAUGACAGCCACAUAAGCCGGAGCUCAUGGAAUGACAUCAAAAAUUUAAGCAGCCUCAAUACACCAUACAUUCUAUUUUAUGAAUUUAUUAACAAAGAAAAAGUGCCCGAAAAUGAUAUAACAAUAAAUCAGAAUCUAGAAGCAGCCACACAAUAUGCAACGAAUGACAUGUGUCGAAAACGAAAAGCGGAACCAACACGCUGGGAUGAUUUACCAUUGAAAUUACAAGAAUUUGUGAACCAUGACAACAUCACCUAUGCGGAUCAAUAUCGGAAUAAACAUCUAAAUGGCAACGAAAUGAUCAAAAACUAUUACAACAAACAUCGAAAAUCGGAUAAUAAUGAUCAAGAUCCACCGAGUCCGUGUGGCGGUAGCAUUGUUGAGCAAUCGAAUGGAUACAUUUAUUAAAGAAAUUCCAUUCGAAGUACAUUUUUUAGGCUCGGCUUGAAUAUAAUAUACUGCCGUUCACAUACAAACACACAAAACAUGCGUUACUACUAUACACAAGACAAUUGUUAUUAUAAUUUAUAACAUUUUUAAAUGAAAAAAAAAAUUAUUAUAAAUAAAAUCAAAUAUUUUGUUUGUACAAUAA